AUGGACGGAAGCCAACAACAGAGCGGCGGCGGCGGAAGGCCAUACAGGUCGCAUCUCCGGCCGGCUUGCAUCCCCUGUCGCCGGAGAAAGUCUCGAUGUCAGACCGCAGCCGAUAAUACGGCGUGUGUGACGUGUCUUGCGCACCAGACAGAGUGUUACUUUCCUGAAGAUUCUCGAACGUCAGAGUCUCCGGAACCCGCCCGCCGUCGCCGUCGAGCAGAGCCUCGAGCCUCUGUGGAAGCAUCCGGGUUGACCCCAGCGAGGGCAGGUGUACGAGCCGCGGCAUCAUUCCAUGGGGGUGCAAAGGCCAAUACUUCAGCAUCAAUGGCUGGGUCAGGAAGUGCGGCCAUGGGGCGGCAAGCGUCAGUGCCGGUUUCCAUUGCACCGCCCAUGUCAGUUGCUGCAAUGUCGAGGCCGGGCCAAAAUUAUCACGACAGGGCGGAAGGGCCUGCAAUGGCACUGGGCUCUGAUGAUGACCAACAUCUCAAUCUACACAUCGUAGGGCCGGCCACCACCAAUGACAGUCAAGUUCUGUCUACAUACCUCUCAGGCAUACCUGGGGCUACCAGGAGCACCAGAAUGAUCGUCCCAGAGCCUGCCAGCUGUUCUCGCCCUGUUCUUUUUACUGAGGUCCAGAAGAGACCAGUUGGUGUCAUAUUGAAUCGUAGUUCUUCAGCAGAGAAGCUGGAGAUAAUUGAGAAGCUGCUAGAACCUCAUAAUGAGGCCGUUAUUGACGAGUAUUUCAGAAAAGUGAAUGUAUGCCUUCCAUUACUGGAUGAAGCCUCAUUCCGCCGCCAGUAUCAAGAAGACAAGACGCGGAUAUCACCGGCGCUGCUGGCAUGCUUGUAUGCCCAUACGAUCAUCUACUGGCAAAGCUCUCCAACUCUGAGUCGAUAUAGGUGUCCAGAAAGCCGUUUCAUUUGGAAUCUUGCUAGCGAAGCAGUAUACUCUGAGCUCCAUCUAUCUCCAGGAAUGUCCAUCAUAAAGGCGAUUCUGCUCAACAUUGGUGGUCGUCCUACUACUUCAUUGAUAGGAAACGGUGUGCUUCUCGGGUCUGCAGUUUCUAUUGCACACUCCCUAGGCCUAAAUCACAAUCCUCUUCCAUGGCAGAUCCCGCAGGCAGAAAAGUAUUUACGCAUGAAAAUCUGGUGGUCAGUGUUGGUUCAUGACAGAUGGACAAGUUUGGCGCAUGGAACACCGCCUCAUAUCCAAAAGGCUCAAUAUGACGUGCCUCCGCCAACUAUAGAGUACCUUCGGCAGAGUUCAACGGAAGCAAAUAGUUCACGUUUUGAGAUCACUGCCAAAGUAUUCAUUUCGCUGGUAGCUCUAAGCGAGGUGCUUGGCCUAUUUCUGCAGUACGUGUACUCUGUUAGAAGGGAGAGGCUGACCACUACGGAUCUCGAGCUUGCAUUGAAUCAAUGGACUGAGAAGCUAGAGGGUCCCUGUCGCCGCAUUGUCUUGCUCGGAUCUCACCUUGAAAUCAAUGGGGCAGCAAAUCUUCGUUUAGCAUACUUGACCGCCAAACUGCUCUUGCAGCGAAUACAGCUCGAGUCGGAGAAGCAGACGGAGGCUGUAAACGAGGAGCAGAUAAUGAAUCGCUAUUCGGCAGCGCGCAUGACAUCAGAGGAAAUGCUGAUGCUCAUACAGGAUUUCCAAAAGGAUCAUCUUGGCGACUUUUGGAUGGCCGUCAGCUCUUUUGCCUUCCCCUCUGCGGUCAACUUCUUGCUGCGGUGUGCGCUGGAGACGGAAAACACUCCCGAGGGGCUGGUCCAAAGCCACUCCUUCAAGAUUGCUCACGACCUGAUUGCCGCGCUUCGCUCUCACCAGGAGCAGCACAAGUGGGAUCUGGGCGAUAUUUGCAUUGCCCAACACGCCGAGAUUGUGGAGAAGAUCCUGGCGGGCGUGGCACCGGAUGAACAAGGUGGAAACAGCAGCAGUCUGGACCUCCAGGAGUUUGACGCAUCGAUUCUAGACCACGUUUUCCCGAGCAUAUGGGACCCGUUACAAAAUGCCUUUACUUGGUAA